GCCCCGCUGCCCCGCUCAACUCCUUCCCUGUCUGCUACGCUAUGCGCUGAAGAUUAUGUCAUCUUUUUGAAGGUUUUUAGUUUAUAUACCAAGUUUUAAGCAGUUGUUUUGUGGAGGAAUGGAUUAUGUUAGUUUUCAAAGUUGUUGGAGAUAAGAAAUUCUAGUUUGUAUAGAAUGUUAUCUUCUGGUUUGGUUUCAAACCGAGAUAAAACCUUCCUAUAUUAGGUUAAGUAUCCCAAGGCUGCUAGUUGAGUGUCAUAUAUUUAGAUAACUCUCCAGAGUGAAACGUCAAGAAACCAUCUAUCAUGUGGCCCGCUAGAAGAAUACUAAAGUAUGCAACAGUAGUAGGAACCUUAACUGGAACAGCAUUUUCUUUACAUGCCAAUCAGUACAACAUUGAUUCUAUUGGCGCUGUACGUUUGGGUAGAGCUGCGUCCACAGUACUGAAAAUUUCGUAUUUGUAUAAAACUGAAUUGUACUCCAGCAAUCUUCCCAGAGACACACCCGAGUUCUUAGAAUUAAAAUCAAAAGUUCAUAGAAAAGCAGCAGAAAACCUCCUUGAGUUAUGUUGUGCAAAUCGAGGAGUAUUUGUUAAAGUUGGACAACAUAUAGGAGCUCUUGAAUACAUUUUGCCUCAUGAGUACGUAGAAACUAUGAAAGUUUUACACAGCCAAGCUCCAACAUCUUCCUUUGAAGAGAUUCAGCGUGUGUUACGUCAAGAUUUAAAAUGUGAUCCUAAAGAAAUUUUUGAGGAGUUUUCACCAACUCCUCUAGGGGCAGCCUCUCUAGCUCAAGUGCACAAAGCUAAAUUAAAAGAUGGAACAACUGUGGCGGUUAAGGUUCAACAUCCAUACAUCAAAGGAAAUUCUACUGUUGACAUGACAACAAUGGAGGCUCUUGUUAAACUUGUAGAGAUUGUAUUUCCUGACUUUCGCUUCCAAUGGUUAGUGACAGAAAUGAAGCGUAAUAUACCAAUGGAAUUAAACUUCUUACAAGAAGCAGAAAAUGCUGAAAAGGCAUCAAAAAUGUUUCAUCAUUUUCCAUGGCUGAAGGUACCAAAAGUUUACUGGGACCUCAGCAAUCACCGUGUUUUGACUAUGGAAUAUGUUGAGGGUGGACAAGUCAAUGAUCUUCCUUACAUUCAAGAAAAUAAAAUAGACCCAUAUGAGGUUUCACACAAAUUGGGCUGUCUCUACUCGCAGAUGAUAUUUGGUGAGGGAUUUGUUCAUAGUGACCCUCAUCCUGGAAACAUAUUGGUAAAAAAGAAUAAACAGUCCAAUAAAGUUGAGGUGAUUCUUCUUGACCAUGGCCUGUAUGCUGAUUUGACCAAUCAGUUCCGUUGGGAGUAUUCUAAACUUUGGCUCAGUAUCUUGAAUAGUGAUAUAGAUGGAAUGAAGACUCAUAGCCAAAAUCUUGGAGUUGGUGAAAUGUGGCCAUUGUUUGCUUGUAUGGUGAGCGGACGUACAUGGAAUACUAUAAUGUCAGGUGUUGACAAAGUUAAUUUCACAGAUUCAGAGAAAAAUGAAUUCCAGAAAGAGAUUCCUAAGUAUUUACCACAAAUUACUGGUGUUCUUCAAGAUGUUGAUAGACAAAUGCUCUUGAUCUUCCGCACAAAUGACUUGAUGCGUGGUAUUGAACACACAUUAAAAACUCAUGCGAGAAUGUCUUCAUUCCUUGUUAUGUCCCGUUGGUGUGUCCGAAGUGUAUUUAAUGAACAACUUAAGGACUGUGAUAACAGAAUAAGACGAUGGUGCUUAAAAGUGGCUCAGCAGUGGACACUCUUAAAAAUCUCAAUAUAUUAUGCUUACAUGAGUGUAUGCAGCUUAUCCCUUUCAUCAAUGUGGCAAGUUAUGACUUCAUAAGCCUUUAGAAUAGACCUCAAUAUAUUUUAUACAAGCCAGCUCAGUCAACACUAAAAUUUAGAAUACAUUGCAUACAUUCCUUGUCUUUUCCUUUUCUUUGUCAUCAUUUUAAAUAUUCAAGUCUGAGUUGGUUAAUUUUGUAACUUGCCAUAAAGAUAAUUGCCUUAAACAGAUACCAAAAUAGGUGCCAAAGAAAGUGUUUUAAGUCAAAUUAUGCACAAUGAAUUAGUAUUGUUAACUUUAUGAAGUUGUUUGAAGACUUAUCAGAGAAUUUUUGCUUAUUGUCUAAAAUGUUUGGCAAUUCAUUUUUAUUAUAAUUACCAUGUUACAACAGUUUCUGUGAAAUCAUAGCUGAGAUAAGUUUUGAAAUAAUUGCCUUGUAUACUAGUUAUAAAAUACUUAAAAAGCACAAAUUACAUAGCCAAAGUUUGAGGGACCUAAAAUAAAUGUUUAUCAUUUUUA